UUCCUCCUCCCUUCCUUUCCUCCUCCCUUCCUUUCUCAAUUUAUCCCUCACUCGGAACUCACAGUAGUUCAGCACCUGUCUGAAUUCCAAUGUGGAGGGACAUGUCCCCCAUCUCCCUCCUGGUGGUUCUCCUCCUCUGUGCGGCUUCAGCUGAUCAAGAGUCAUGCCAAGGACGCUGUACAGAAGGGUUCAAUUCCAAAAAUAAAUGUCAGUGUGAUGAACUCUGCUCCUAUUAUCAAAGCUGCUGUGUGGAUUAUGUUGAAGUCUGCAAACCUCAAGUGACCCGUGGAGAUGUGUUUGCCCUACCUGAGGAUGAGUACUCAGACGUUGAUUAUGAUAUCAAUGACCCCAGCUCCCAGGACCCCGUCAUUGAUACCAGCACCUGGCUCCCCGAACCCAUCUCCACCACCAGAACCACAGAAAGUACCCAGUUCAUCACGACAGAUUCCUCCCGCAACAUGGAACAGGAAGCCACCCAGGAGUCUGUCUUUAAUGUGCAGCUAGAUCCAGAAACCAUCCCUGGAGAAGAAGGGGGGGAAGAGGAAGAAGUGUGCAGUGGGAAGCCUUUUGAUGCCUUCACUGACCUCAAAAAUGGCUCCCUUUUUGCUUUCCGAGGGAAGUAUUUCUAUGAGCUGGAUGAAAAAAGUGUACUUCCUGGGUAUCCCAAGCUGAUACAGGAUGUCUGGGGCAUUGAGGGGCCCAUUGAUGCUGCCUUUACCCGGAUCAACUGCCAGGGGAAGACCUAUAUCUUCAAGGGCAGCUUGUACUGGCGCUUUGAGGAUGGUAUCCUGGAGCCGGGUUUCCCAAAGAACAUCACGGAUGGCUUCAGGAACAUUCCAGACAACCUUGAUGGUGCUGUGGCCCUCCCUGCCCAUAGCUACAGUGGCCAAGAGCGUGCCUACUUCUUCAAAGGAAACCAGUACUGGGAGUAUGAGUUCCAACAACAGCCCAGUCAGGAGGAGUGUGAGGGGAGCACAAUGUCCACAGUGUUCGAACACUUUGCUGUCCUUCAGCAAGAUAGCUGGCAGAGUAUCUUUCAGCUCCUCUUCUGGGACAGUGAAUCAGGCCCUCCAGAAAGGGCAAAUGGCCCUUGGCUCAUCCGCGAGCACUGGCACGGGGUGCCAGACAGCAUAGACGCCGCUAUGGCCGGUCGCAUCUACUUCUCCUCCCCUUCUACCGGCUUUGAUUGGGUUCGGAAGCACAAGGCCAAGGCCAAGGCCAAGGCCAAGCGCCGCCGCAACCAAAAACGCUAUGAGUCCCGACGCAGUCGCCACUCUCCCCGUUCCCGGGACCUCUGGAGCUGGCUGUCCUCUGAAGAAUAUGGGGCGGACUAUGACCUGAACCUCGACUUCGAAUGGUUCCAACCGUCCCAGUGUGAGCCGGUCCAGAGCAUCUAUUUCUUCGUGGGAGACAAAUAUUACCGGGUUAACCUUCGAAACAAGAGGGUGGACACCGUGACUCCUCCAUAUCCCCGUCCCAUCGCCCCGUACUGGCUGGGCUGCCCCACUCAGAGGGCUUUUCAGAAAUGAACUGAGCACCUCUGGGGGUCCCCUCAGGCCCAACUCAAUCCAACAAGGACUUAUUAAGGGUAUACUGUGCUCAGGGCACCAUGCUAGGCAUACAAAGCCUAUCAUCGUGUGUGCUUUUAAUAAAGUCCUUGUGGCCCA